AUGACAUCUGUUCGAGGAAAAUCAUUCAGUAACCAAGAAGAUCAGUUCUUGUGCUUGGCAUGGCUUGAAAUUUCUCAAGACCCAGUCUCAGGCACAUGUCAAAAGAAAGAUAAGAUGUGGGAAAGGAUCACAGCAGUCUUCCAUGAGAAGGUAGGUGAUAGACAACGGUCACCAAAGUCUCUGGAAUGUCGUAUGGACGCAAUUAAGAAGGCAGCAAACAAAUUUCGGGGUUGUGUUCGACAAAUCGAGCGACUGAAUCCAAGUGGAGCUUCUGAAAUCGAUAUAUUGACUCAAGCUAGAAUCAUGUACGGAGAAGAUGUUAAAGAAAAGAAAGGAUUUCAAUUCGAUCAUGUUUGGACGAUCCUCAAGGAUGCCGAGAAAUGGGCUGACCCUAAAUCCAAUCAUGCAGUUGGGAGCAUCUCUGAAGGAUCAGAGUCGAACACGGAGAGGGAAAGUUUUGUUAACAUGAGUGAUGGCCUGUCUCCCACGGACAGCCCAGCUAGUCGUCCUGUUGGAAGAAAGAAAGAGAAGGCAAAGAGAAAAAUUUCGGCGGAGUUUAGUUAUGAGGAGGGAAUUAUUAAGAGUAUGCAAGAGAUGGAUGCUAAACGUGAAAUGAGCAGGGAAAAAAUGGAGCGAUUGAUGAUAAUGAAACUUGAAAAUAAAAAGAUAAAAUUAGAAUUACAAGCUAGAGAAGUAGAACAAUGUGACCAACAAUUACCUCUUCAGCGUGAAAGUGAGGAUAGACAAAUUAUAUUGACUGAUCUCAGUAAGAUCGUUGAUCAAAGUGAACGUUGGCCUGCCAGAAUUUUAAUUGUCUCUUAUCAUAUUUUAUGUUUGAGGUUUAUGUUUGCGACUUAUGUAUUAAUAUUGGGUUCAUUUUAA